AUGCCACAAUCAACAAGUGCUGUUGGAACCGUUUCCGUCAGCUUGCCGUUUGGGAUGCACAGUGGGCCCCACAUGCAGAGAUCGCCGAGAUCCAAGCUAUGGACUGGAUUUUUCGGGACCGAGGCAAUGAUUCGGCCUAGAUCAAGAAUCAUAAGGCCAAAAUGGUAUAAGAAAAAGACGGUUUGGCGGUUUGAAAUGGGAAAUUUCAGGGUAGUAGUGACUGAACUGCACCUACUUGACAUGUGGAGUCGAUUUGGCAUGCAAGCCAGAAGUUGCCAAGAAUCUAUCCUAGUGACCGUGUCUGUAUCCAGACACGGUAGGACCCCGACAAAAGUUUUUCAAGGACCUAUAUGUAUCGACUUAGGGUGUUGUUUUGCAAUGCUGCGACAGAAAUGA